AUGUCUCCAAGUGGCUCCCGUAUGAUUGAUCCCAUGCGAGCUUCCACUGGCACGGUUCAGCUCAGCUCCUCUUACGAUGCGCCUACAAGUCGCCAUGGCUAUCCAAGCUAUCCUUCCAAUGUCCCUUAUACGACCUCCUACGAUCCUCGACUAGCAAGAGAACCGAGAUUGGAAGCUCAAGCGGUAUCAUCCAAGACCUAUCGAGACUCUGGUCAUUCUACCAAACUCAGGACCGAGUACGCUAUCCGUCCGAGGCAACGCAGCAGCACCACCUCCGCAGCAGACAUCCACUACACUCCGGCAAGGCUGGACGCACCCGUCUCGAGAACCUCUCCCGUGAUGGUAUCCGAUUAUCGCCGUUCGCCGAGUCCUCUCCAUACCCAGGACCGCUAUCUGGUGCCUGCGUCCUCUCCCCGACACCAUCGCCGCCAUCCUCUCUCGCAUACGGAUUAUGCGAGCGACACGGGGCGGUUGGACCCGAACGAACGGGCAAUCAGAGCCCGAAUGGCUCAUAAUGCCUAUCGUGGCUAUGAACCGAAUGACAGAUGGCGAUACCCGCCCACUGGCGGUCUUCGAAAGGGCGAAGAUAUCGAUGAUUACGACGCCUACUCUUAUACCAACCCUCGUGAACAAUUUGAGAAGGACUCUGCUGCGAGGUUGCGUAAUGACCGAACUGCAUACCGCAAGGACAGACCCCUAAGUUUGACCGGAAUCGACGAUCCUCAAUUGCUCCCCAGGAAAGAACCCCGGGCCCUUGGCCCGCCUCCGUCCCAGAGAGGAUUUGACAAACUCGAUCGCGAUAGGCGCAUUCGACACUCUACCCAGAGCUCUGUGGGCAGUGAUGUUGAGUUGUCGAGACCGCGCCGGCGGUCGCGCCACCGAGCCCCGGUCUCGUUGCACCAGGAUCAUGACGAGGGUUAUUCUUCAUACAGAGAUGAUUACGAGGAGGGCCACCGCCGUCACCGCCGCCAUAGAAGGCCAGAGGACGAUCGAAGCAGCCGCCAUUCAUAUGACGACCACUCGCCCCGAGCUUCUUCUAGCAAAGAUCUGGCGGUUUUGGGGGCUGGGACUGGCCUGGGAACGGCGGGCCUAGCCAGCGGCUAUUCGGACGACUUUGAUUAUGGCCUCUCUCCGCGGACGGAUCGGCAUCCCCGUGAGAUCGAGGAGCGCGAGCACAGGCGUCGCAGUCGAUCGCGCAGGCCGUCUCGACGUCGCGUGGAAACCGACUCGGACGCGUACUCUUCAGAUGAAGACCUAAAGAAAUACCGACGAGAACCAUCGGCGCGUCGAAAACCAAGCUCAGAAUCCUCGGGCAGUAACAGUGACCGACAUUCACCGUAUCUGACGGUCGACCAUCCACGGCGGCGACGAUCGCAUUCGCGUCACCGCAAACUGGAAGCUCCUCCGGCACAUGAAUCCAGCCCCAAAGAGCUUCCCGGCCGCCAGGAUGAUCCCAAGAGGCCUGAAUCUACAUCCUCGAAGGAGCCGGACGCUCCGCCCAAGGGAAUCCUGAAACCUCCCAAGGAGAAAUUCCCCGAAGAGCCUAAUCCGGUCAGGGAAGGUGUAGCGCCCUUGAAGGACGCCCAUAAGAAGGGCAUCCCCCCCGGUGCCCGAUGGACCAAGGUUGAUCGUCGGCUGGUCAACCCUGCAGCUUUGGAAGCAGGACAAGAACGGUUUGAGGAACGAGCGGAUUAUGUCAUUGUCUUACGGGUCCUGAGCAAAGAAGAAAUUCAGGCGUACGCGGUGAAGACCCAGGAAAUCCGAGACGCCCGUUACCAUGAGUAUAUCCGGGAGCGCCGCCGGCGUCGCGAAGAAGAUCGCCGACGCGGACUGAAAGUGGAUGACUUCUCCAGUGACGACGAAGAGGACGAUGACGAUGCUCCGUUGGCUAUCGAGGGUCCGGCUGAGCCGAAAUCUGCCUCUCGAGCAUCAAACACAGGAGUAGAGCCUGCGAAAGCAGCGGUAUGA